CACGCACUAGUGCUUCCGUGAGCGGGGAAACUGAAGGGAAACUAUGCAAGUUCAAAGUUGACUGUCAAAAAUUUUAGCGGGCCUAUAUAAUCAUCUUGCGCUGUAACCACAUUACAAAAAAGAACUUGAUAACCGCCGAAUCUCUCUUCUUUACCAUGGCCGCAUUCGAGAUGAUUGUGGUAGGCUCCGGUGGCGGACCCGACGAAUUCAACCUAUCAGCGUAUCUGCUCAAGCCUUGCGAGGCUGCUUGGAAUGAUGGUAUCAUCGCACUGGAGGCGGGGUCGGGUCUUGGCGCGCUUAGACAUAUCAUGAAGCGCGACCCAAACAUCUUCGGAGAACGCCCAACAGACGCGAAUCAAGCAUCUUUCACUCCUCUCACGGUGUAUGCAAAUGUCAAGUGUUUCCUCCUUACGCAUGCGCACCUUGACCAUAUAGGCAGUCUUGUAAUGGCCGCGGGCACCCUUGGCGGUGCCAAGAAGCGUAUAUAUGGCUCAACCCAGACUCUCAGAGACAUAGAGACUAUUUUCUCUGGAAGAAUAUGGCCCAAAUUAGCCACACAUGAUGAGAAUGACCCGUUAUUCCAAUUGGUGUAUCACGCCCUCCACGCAGAUGGCAAAUACGAGGUUAUCUUCCCCAAUAUUUCUGUUCGCCUCAUGACCGUCAGCCACGGAAUGAACGACUCUGGUCCGUAUGACGGUGCUUGCUUUUUCAUUCGACACGACCCCACAAACCAUGAGUUCAUCUUUUUCGGGGAUGUGGAGCCUGACAGCGUCUCUAUCAAGCCAAGGAACAUCGCAGUCUGGCGUGCAGCAGCACCAAAGAUACCGCAUGACAUAUCUACCAUCUUCAUUGAGUGUUCGUACCAAACAGGGCGGCCGGAUGAGGAACUUUGGGGUCACCUCAGUCCCCUACAUUUGGUACAGGAGCUGGUCACGCUAGCAACAGAGGUUGUCAUCGCCCGAAAAGCACGUAAAUCCCGCUCAGGAUCAAGGCCACGAAAGAAACAACGGAAAAACUCCAUGUCACCUGAGGCCCUUCAUGGGGCACUUGAAGGUGUCAAAGUUUACAUCAUGCACUGCAAGGAGCAAUUCUCUACAGAACGACCGAUCAACCACGUUAUCGGUGACCAAUGUCGUGAGCUGCUUGCACCGCACCAAUUAGGAGUUGAACUUCUCACUGCAGACCAAGGCAUGAAGAUUGUUAUCUGAAUCUUUUCCUCCACAAACCUUUCCUAUUCGUUCAGUUAUUUGUUGAGCUAUUUAUUUUUGGAGAAAUCCGUCGAUACCAGUCCCCGCCGUGUGUACACUGAACCACUGUAGCCCUAAUUUUCCAUCUCGCAGCUGUCGUUUUACCACCAGUUUGUUUUAUCACUCAUUCCCCAAUUCAUUUUCGGACGUUGACGCACUACGUACCUUCGAACUUCUUUCCCACGUACUACUCGAACGCUACGUACCGUCUAAUCAGACUCCCUCACGUACUUGCACG